UGAUACAUUUGUCUCCUCUAGAAAAUUUUAUAAUUUUAUGCUCUUGGUCUUCUUUUCUGAUUUAGUCAUUAAGUGUUGAGGUAUGAUGGAUGUCUUCAGUCAGAUUGUGCUUUCCAAUUACAAACGUGAAAGAUCUUAUGUAUAUUUGUGUUUUAACCAAUAUAUUUUGGGACCAGCAUUGUUAUUUUAUUUAUUCAGGUGCAAGCAGAUGCAAUUGAUUCAGUGUGUUAUAUAGAAUUUCUUCUUUAUUCUUUACAAGACUGAACGAAAGUAAAAUUUUCUUGCUGAUCAUCUAGUGUGUUGAUAUUUUUUGGUUUCUUUUAUCUUAAUUUCAGCAUUUUCCGUGUAUGUAAUGGUGUGCAAAUUCUGAUUCAUUUAUAAGAUAGCUACUUAGUUCUGCCAUUUUAUUAUAUAGCAAAUAAAUGGAUAUUCUCUCUAGACAGCUCAGGAACAAUUGGCCACUGGUUUGUCUUGAGAUGGCUACUUAUUGCUUGCCAUUGUUACUAGCACGGUGUAACACGUUUUGGAAAAUUGUAAUCUUACAUCUUUUUGCUCUUCUUUUACAAUCUUGAUGCUCUAAAAUUGGAUGGAUCGCCUUCUGAAUCUACAAGAUCCAAAUUCCUUUGGAUGUUCAUUGCAUAAUGGACACCACUACAGAAUUUUCUUGGUUAUCUGCCUACCGAAAUUGACUUUGUUCUUCCUGGCACUUUUGUGUGACUUCAUUGUUCUCCAUGGAAGAAUACUUUGUGUAUGGGCACAAUCAUGAAGUAACAGCAUAGUUCUUGCAACUGUGUUAUGGUGUGCUGUUGAUCAUAAAUUACAUUGAAAGAUAUAAAUAAUAUUUCAUAUGAUGAACCCAGCAUGUCUUCUCCUUAAGAAAUAUUCAUUAAGAUACUUAAAAGAGUGUUUAGAUGAUGAGUUAUAUCUCCAUUAGGUUCUCUUCUUUCACAUCUUACAGUAGUCUUCAUUACAUGGAUAUUCUAUAGAAAUGUCAAACCAGGAGCUUAUCAAUGCUGGAACGAAGACAAUGGACGAAACUGACCAGGCCAUUGAACGCUCCAAACAGGUUGUCCAUCAAACAGUUGAAGUGGGAACUACAACUGCUACUACCUUGAAGGGCCAAACUGAGCAAAUGGGUCGUAUUGUCAAUGAACUGGACACAAUCCAUUUCUCCAUCAAAAAGGCAUCACAGCUCGUUAAGGAGAUUGGCAGACAGGUGGCUACGGACAAGUGUAUCAUGCUUUUUCUUUUUCUGAUUGUAUGUGGAGUAAUAGCCAUAAUUGUCGUGAAGAUUGUGAAUCCCAACAACAAAAGUAUAAGAGAUAUUCCGGGACUGGCUCCUCCAGCACCUCCCACCAGGAGAUUGUUGUAUGCGAAGACAGAGCAACAUUUUUAUUAACUUUCUCAUCUCGGAUCUCAGAGGGUUACUGUGUCAUCGAAUUUCGUUACGGGGCUGAUAUGGCAAUGCUGCUAUUUGUAACAUCUGUUCAGUUUUUAUGCUAAUCCAUUCUUGCUUGAGAUAUGCAUUACUUGAUGUAAAUUAUAUAUGUUGGGAGUCUCUUUUACUUUCAGAUUUUAUUCUUUUAUUUUGGUUUUUUAUGAAUGCAAUUUUUUCCCUGUAAACCUGAGUGGUUCUUAGAGCACUAUUUAGAUUGCACGAAAUCUUCCGAGCCGUGUAUCAAACUUGAUGGGAUUUUAAUACAAUUUGUAUUUCUCGACUCCUC